AUGCCUUCUCCACGCCGAGUACGCCUACUGAUCCUGGCGACAAUCGGCACCUUCAUCUUCAUCCUCUUCUACACCUCUGGAUUUGACUCUCAUCACGAUGCCGAAACAUCUACCGGACAAGAAUUUAUCAAGAAGACCCAAAAUGCCAUGAGCGCAAACGAGAUGCCCGCUCCUAUUGUGGACUUUGCUACGGGCGAGAAAGCUGGACAAUCGCAUAACGACAAGGACGGAGAUGGUGAUAUCGACGAAGAGGAUAAGAAAAUGGCCAGUGAAAUGCAGCAACGUCUCAAGGCUGCUGAAGCAGAGGCCAAGGGCAAGGCAAACGAGAAGGGUGGUCUGCGACCCGACCCCCCUAAGAAAGUCGUUGGCGUUGGAAGUUCGGCAGAGGGACAGAACAAGGACAAGAUUGUUAAGCCGGCCGCUGGAGAGCAGGGCGAUGCUGCUGCUGCUGCUGCUGCUGCUCCUAAUGCUGCUGCCGCCGCCGACAAGAAGCCCGAGACAGAGACAAGGAGCAAAGUGGAACUUGAGGCACGCGCUGAACUUGACUCUAUCCUCAAGAAGUCUCCUGUCAUCAUCUUCUCCAAGACUUACUGCCCCCACUCGAAGAAAGCCAAGAGCAUCUUGAUCGAAAAGUACUCCAUCACUCCCGAGCCAUACAUUGUCGAACUCGACGUCCACCCUCAAGGCUCAGCCCUACAAGACCAACUGCUCGAGACAACUGGACGAAGGACUGUGCCCAACAUCAUGGUCAACGGCGUGAGCUUAGGAGGCGCCGACGAUAUCACCGAGAUGGAUCACGCAGGCAACCUUGUAGGCAAGAUUGUCGAUCUCGGAAACAAGCGCGUCGAGAUGACAGCGCGAAGCAAUUGA